UUCUAUGAAAAAAAUUAUAUAUACAAAAUAUACAAAAACACACUUACCUAUGUAAUAAAGGGGCAGGGGUGAGAGGAGUCUAUCCCCAGCUUUUGAGGACAGGAGACCUGUAGCUCUGACCAUGGUCACAAGCUGCUAAGCGGAUCAUACAUAUUGCAUACAUGUGGCAAGAGGAAGAAGAAGGGGGUGGCUGAUUAACAGCAGUAAUUAUGCAUCAUAUAUUACUAGGUCACUUUGUUGGAAGUUUUGGCAUAUGAGACCUUAUUAAAAGAGAUUAAAUCCAUCCAUCCAUUAAUUUUCUAUACCGCUGAUCUUACACAGGGUCACAGGGGAGCCUAGAGCAUAUCCAAGGGAACUCGGGGCACAAGGUGGGGGACACACUGGACAGGCUGCCAACCUAUCGAAGGGCACAAUUGCACAUUCAUUCACACACCUAAUCACACAGAAUUUAGAGAUGCCGAUCAGCCUACAGCGCGUGAUGUUAGACUGGGGAGGAAACCGUAGUACCCGGAGGAAACCCCCAAAGCACAGGAAGAACAUGCAAACUCUGAAAGGGCUGAAAUGGGAAUUAUUAUUCAUAAAGUAGCAAUUACUUUAUUAAGAAACAUAGAAUUUGGAUUCGAUGUAAUCUAAGAGACAUUUACAGUACUAAACCCUAAGCUUAAGAAGACAAUUGAAUGAACUAUAAAUUUUACACUUCAGAGCAAUGCUCUCCUCAGUGGUCUACCUGCUAAUUCUAUUGCUAGGUUGCAAUAUAUUCAAAACUCUGUGGCUAGACUUCUCACACAUACCAAGCGCUCAGCUCACAUUACUCUAGUUAACUAGACCUUAUUAUUGCUGUUUUAGCAGUUAAGUAGACCUUAUUAUUGCUGUUUUAGUAGUUAACUAGACCUUAUUAUUGGUGGUUUAAUAGUUAACUAGACCUGUGAUGGGAAAUGAUUUUUUACAAGAUCACAAUCAUAAUCUCUGUUAUGCAACUAUGGCAGAGAAUUUUAGAUAAAUGAUACAUCACAGACUACAACAUUUUCUAAAAUGCAGUGUGAAUGAAGCUGGACUCUAGGUGGCCCCUCAGUCCCUCUGUCCCAUCCUCCGUAACUCGUUUAGAGAAGCAGGGUUUGUUAAGAAGCCGGACCGCUGGUAUUAACUCACACAGCGCCGCUUAGAUUUGUAAAACCGGGAUUUCUGCGCACUGAAAAUGCGUUUCAGAGCUUCGCAAAAGAUGAAAGCUGUUUUAAUGCAGUUUUUAGUAUUAUUACUGGGUUGCCUUUUUAUUUCUGUACAAGCAAACGUGUCGUCCGUGUCGUGUCCCAGUGGACAGUUUGCUUUUAAAAACCGCUGCGUUUUGUGUCAUCCCACCUGCGCCGAGUGUGAGGGCCAUGAACUCUUCCAGUGUACCGCAUGUGGCUCGGAUGAGGAUGGGAGGGAGCGCUUCCUGUACCAAGGCCACUGCAGAGCCCACUGCCCGCGGGAGUUCUACCAUGACCGAGCUCAGUACACCUGCCUGCCCUGCAUUGCCAACUGUGAGAUCUGUGUGGAUGGCAACAUCUGUGCCAAGUGCAGGGAAGGAUAUAAAGUCCAGAGUGGGCUCUGUCUGCCAGUGCCAUGUGGUGUGGGUCAGGUCCAGGAUCCAGGCUCAGGAGAAUGUAUUGACUGUGAGACUGGCUGUAAGACCUGCUCUGCUGAUGACCCAGAGUACUGUAAGAGCUGCACAGACGGCUACUUUCUGUACAGGCACCAGUGUCGCCAUCACUGCCCCCAGAGGAGCUAUGAGGAGCCAAGUAGGGGUGUGUGUCUCAGCUGCCCAGAGUCCUGCUUAGACUGCAGGAGUGAGACGCUCUGUCUGACAUGUCAGACGGGCCACUUUCUCCACAAUGGUGCCUGUGUGAAUGAGUGUCCCCAGGACAUGUUCAGAGAUGCCAGAGAAUGGCGCUGCCAGCCCUGUCAUGCCUCAUGUCUAACCUGCCAUGGCCCAGGAGCUAGAGACUGUGACAGGUGCAAUGGCUGGAACCAUCCCAUUUAUGGGACGUGUCCCAUCAUUAGAUGCCCUGACGGCCAGUUUUUUGAUAGUGGGACUGAUGACUGCCGUUAUUGUGACGUGUCCUGCAGGACAUGCUCUGGUCCAACAGUGCAACACUGCGAAACCUGUGCAACUGGGUACAUGUUGGAACAGCAGGAGGCAGUGUGUGUACAGCACUGUCCAUUAGGGUUCUAUGGGAACAGCUCCAGUCUUCAGUGUGAGAGGUGCUCGACUAGCUGUGAGGCAUGUGAAAGUGGAGACCAGUGUUUGAGCUGUAAGAGUAGCUCAUAUCAGCUCUUUCUGUUCCAGGGCAGCUGCUGGUCACAGUGUCCAGAUGGUUAUUUUGAGACAGAGGAGGGGAAAUGUGAGCCUUGUGAUGACAUCUGUUUGACCUGCGAUGGGAGCAGAACUCAGUGUCUUGAUUGCAGAGAUGGUCUUUUCCUGGAAAACGGCAUGUGCAGAGAUAACUGCUCAGUGAGGACCUAUGCUGCUGAGGAUGGCACAUGCAGACGCUGUGGCCCUCACUGUGACACCUGCACUGAUACCAGUACAUGCACCAGAUGUACUUUUCUUUACCUGCUUUUGAAUGGCAUGUGUAAAGCCAGCUGUCCAGAGGGUUAUUUUGAGGACUUGGACCAGGGUGUGUGUGUGCAGUGCCAUGAGUUAUGUGCUACAUGCUCUGGGCCUCUCUCAGAUGACUGUGAGAGCUGCUCCACUCUGGCACCGAAGCUGUAUGAAGGCACAUGCUCAGAGGAGUGCCCUGUUGGCACCUAUUACCAAACCACCAGCAUGGAAUGCCAGGAAUGCCACCAGACAUGUGCAUUGUGUAUAGGCCCAGAGCCCACCCAGUGCACACGGUGUGUGAAAGGUCUAGCCCUGGACCCCAACACCAUGAUGUGUGGUGUGACCGGAGACUCAGACUGCCCACCCAGAACCUUCCUCCAUGCCAAUCAGUUCACAUGCCAGGCAUGUCAUCGUCACUGCCAGUCCUGUGAGGGCCCUGGACCUACAGAUUGCCAGACAUGUGCCCUGCCCCAGUAUCUCCAUAAUCGCUCUUGUGUGACUGAGUGUCCGGUUGGCACAUACAGUGCCCACGAGGAAGCUGAUGGCAUUGAGCUGGGGUUCUGUAUGCCAUGUGAUCAUGUGUGUGCCACAUGCUCUGGAGCAUCUCCUAAAGACUGUCUGAGUUGCUCUCCUGGUUACUUACACCUGCUUUCACAUCUGUGUGUCCGCCAUUGUCCCACGGGGUACUACAGUACAGGCCACCGUUGUGAGAAGUGUCAUGUGUCCUGUGAGAUGUGCUCAGGCCCGGGACCAGAUGCCUGCAUAGUGUGUGUCAAACCUCAGCUGGAGCUUCAGGGCACCAGGGUGUGUGUGGAGCGGUGCCCUCCCCGUUUCUACCAAAGCACACAUACCUGCUGGCAGUGUCACUCUAGCUGCAAGACCUGCACAGAUAACACACCUCAGAGCUGUCUGACGUGCGACUGGGGCAGUAUCUUACAGGAAGGGGUGUGUUACCCUCGCUGUGAAGAAGGCCGCUACUACUCUCAAAAUGAGGUGUGUGAGGCCUGUGAUGAAUACUGCAAGCAUUGCUCUGGGCCUGGUCCUGAGAGCUGUGUGACAUGUCACACAGGUUUUGGACUGCAUGCUGUAAACCGCCGCUGUGUGCGUUGCUGCCAAUCUGACGGACUGGCCAAGAACUGCUGCCUCUGUCACUCGGCUUCAGCUUUGUGUUUGGAGGCUCCAGUGUCACCACAUACCCAGGCUGAGGACGAUGAGAUGAAUCUGAGGUCUCGGGUACACCAGCACACAUCUGCCGCCCUGCCUGCUGCUCUGAUCUUGGCUGUAGUCCUUGCACUGGGCAUCUUUGCAUUGACACAGGCCCGUGCCAGGAAGAGGCUGUGCUGGAGACAGAGUUAUGAGAGGCUGAGCGGGACGGCGGGUGCCAGGCCUGAUCCACGCCCCAUGCCUCAUGGAGUACCCGAGCCUGAGGACAGCGGAGAUGAUGCAGACGUUGUGUAUACAAGUCGAGACGGAUCCAUCUAUCGCAGGUAUGGAUUCAUACACAAACCUGAGCCUGAGGAAGAGGAGGUGGAUGAAGCCAAUGAGAACACAGUCCUCAAUCGAGCAUAAAGAGAGCAAAGGGCAUGUUGAGAUACCCUUCGAGAUUGGGAUCCGGAUAGUUCCAAAUUUUAUAUUGCAGUUUUCUUUUUUUCUCAGUGAAAUGAAGGUUAGCAUGCAUCAUCUCUCAAUGUAAUAUAUUUUAUAUGUAAGAAACACCUUUAAUACACCCAUUUUUUUUUUUAUGAAUGGUUAGUUAAAAAAAACUUUAUAGCAUGUAAUACAUUUGAUUCUGUAAAUAAGUAGCUAUUAGUGAAAGUUUAAAAUUGAUAGCUGUAGUAAAUCAUCUGUCGAA